AUGUGGCCGACGCUGCGGCGCCUCCGAAUGCCACCGAGUGUGACGCUGACGCGUGAGGAGGGUUUCCUGUGCACGCUGCUGGACGAUGCGUGCCGCUGGAUGCAGACGACGAAUCCGAGUGUGGAUGUCGAUGGCGCGUCACGCACGUACGCGGACCUGAGCCACCGGCCGACGGCGACGACGCCGUGUGAGGCGCGGAUCGCGGGUGGCUGGGUGCGGGACAAGCUGCUGGGCCUUCCGUCGCAUGAUCUGGACGUGUCGCUGUCGUCGAUGACGGGCCACCACUUUGCGCUGUUCCUCAAGGCGUAUCUGGAGAGCGAGGUGUUUCCGCGCACGCCGCUGGCGCGCGAGAUGCAAGAGGCGGCGCCGAGUCAUGCGCGGAUCAGCCACAUUGGCAAGAUCGCCGCGAAUCCCGAGCAGAGCAAGAACCUCGAGACGGCGACGGCGCGCGUCCUGGGCUUUGACCUCGACUUUGUGAACCUGCGCAAGGAGGUGUACGAGGGCACGCACCGCAUACCCAUCAUGUCGUUCGGCACGCCACUCGAGGAUGCGAUGCGCCGUGACAUGACCGUGAAUGCCCUCUUCUACAACGUGCACACCGCUGCGAUCGAGGACUGGACGCAGCAUGGCCUCGCGGACCUGCGCGACGGCAUCGUGCGCACGCCGAUGGACCCGACGGCGACGUUCACCGACGACCCCCUGCGCAUCCUCCGGUGCGUGCGCUUCGGCAGCCGCUUUGGCUACGCGAUCCACCCCGAUAUCCUCGCGGCCCUCGCGGCGCCCGCGUCGCCCCUGCACGCCGCGCUCGCGAGCAAGGUGAGCCGCGAGCGCGUCGGCAUCGAAGUCGACAAGAUGCUCUCAGGCCGCGAUCCACGCUAUGCGCUGCAGCUCCUCGCGCAGCUCCAGCUGUACUGGGUCGUCUUUAUGCCGCCGCCAGCGCUGUCGCAGCGCAUGGGCCGGUCGAGCGAUCACGGCGCGCACAUCGACGAGCUCGUGCACGACGCGCCCGACGAGCGCGCCGCGCUCAGCCUCAGCGACUGCUUCGACAGCCUCCUGCGCGGCACCUCGCCCCUGUGGUCGCGCCUGCCGACCGACUGGCUCGCGCGCGUGCGCUCGCCAGAGUGGCGCGCCCAGCGCCGCCUCGUGUGGUACGCGAUCGCGCUGUAUCCCCUGCGGGACCUCUACAUCCAAGCGAAAAAGCAGCCUGCGUGGGCCGGCGCCGUGACGCUCAGCGCGGGCCUCAAGCUCGGGCACCGCACGACGAAGGACCCCGUCACGAGCCUCGUGCGCGCGGCGUCGCUGCUCACGCGCCCGCGUCUCGCGCGCUUCGUGCCGGCGCCGUGCCUCACGCGCCGCUCGACGAUCGGCCUCCUGCUGCGGCACCACGACGUGUCGCAGCCCAAGAUGGACGUCGCGCUCGACAAUGCGCUGCUGGUCGCGCUCCUCUACGACCUCGCGACGCAUGGCCUCGACACGCCCGAAGCCGCGGCGAUCGUCGACGAGCAUGCCGCGUUUUGGGCCUACGUACGCGACGAGCACCUCGCGGCCUACAUCCACGCAAAGCCGCUCGUCGAUGGACGCCAAGUCGCCACGGCGCUCGGCUGCGACGUGUGCCUGCUGAGCCGCAUUCUGCCCUACGUGACGGCCUGGGAUAUGGACCAUGUGGACGACGAGCCGGACCGCCCCGGCCGCUGCCUCGCCGCCCUGCAGCGUGCGUGGGCGGACGGGCACAUGGUGCCGGUGUCGGAGCGCACGACGCGCGCCAAGUCGUCCUAG